AUGUCAACAAACGGCAAGACCUCGAGAAUAUUACAGUUCAUGGCCCCAGAUGAGCGCCGUCAGUUUGGAAUCGAGACUCCAUUCCAGCGUCUGGCUUGGCAAAUGCAAGACAUAUUAGGGGAUGGAGGAAUUCUCAAAGAGGUGGUCCAUGCAGGGGAAGGUCCACCCGUACCCAAGCAUGCAUCUGUAUCAAGAAAUGAAAUUGCCUUUCCUGCUCAACCUCUCACUCACGUACCCAAUGUUUCUCUGACCACAUUUCUGAAUGUACUGGACACUCAGCGGAGCUUUGGCAACCUCUGCUUCAAUAAGAAGCGCUAUGAAGAUGCUCGAGAGAGAUACAAGCAGGCCAUGACACUUUUGCAGAAUCGUGAGCUGGUGGAUGAUGAAGAGAAGCAGCGUCUUGAGGAAAUGAAAUUGCCUUUCCUGCUCAACCUCUCACUCACGUACCUCAAACUGGAGAAACCCCAGAAGGCCCUUUGCUACGGUCAGAAAGCACUGGACAUCAACCCUCAGAACACUAAAGCGCUCUUCCGCUGCGGCCAGGCCUGUUUGGAGAUGAGCGACUAUGAGAAGGCACAAGAUUACCUUACACUUGCUCAGGCGAAAAAGCCAUUUGACCCUGACAUUAACACCUUGCUGAAAAAGCUUGCUCUCUGCUACAUGGACUAUUUGGACAAAGAGAGAGAUAUGUGCUCCAAGAUGUUCUCAGGUUUUAAGCGGACGGAAAACUGAAGAUUGCAGUGUCCAUGGUGGUGGUCUUUACCAUUUUUCAAAUCCCCCAGAUUGACCACAAGUGGGCAAUA